AUGAAGACAAUUUCAAGAAGUCAAUACCAUUUUAUGGUAUUAGUGGAGGUUCUUGCACUGCAUGGAUUAGUUUCUGCUAAUUCUCCACCGUCGUUUGAUGAGAUACCUGGUUCAAGUCCAACAAAAUAUUAUGAUAUGGAUCGAGAAAGAUUUCGGGAAGACAUUACUGUUGGCAAUUUUAUUUAUACACUAGUUGCAUCAGAUCCUGACGGUGAUUGUAUAACAUUUGGUGUUCAGGACGGUUCAGAAUACUUCGACGUCAGUGACCAAAAUUGUACACACGCUGACGUUAGGUUAAUGCAAGAAUUUGAUUAUGAGACUACCACCAGCGUCUCAGCUACAUGGACCUUGGAUGAUGGUCACAAUGAUCCAGUGGAGACUGAAAUCACUGUGUACAUUGUUAAUGUUAAUGACCAUUCACCAAUAUUCGUUUGCGCUCCUUAUGCAGUACUUGAUGUACUCGAGGAUACAUCAGAAGGGACUGUGAUAUAUUCCAUCACUGUGAUUGACAACGAUGUAGGUAGCAGUGGAGAUUGUACAGUUACUAUUACAAAUUUAGAUGAAUACGGUAACAUAUUUUAUAUUAACUCAUCGGUUGUAGCGGAGAAAACAACAGUUGCUGAUAUUUACCUCACUGGAAAUUUGGAUUAUGAAUCUUUGAGAGUGUAUACACUAAAACUAUUGGUUGAGGAUUUUGGUACAGAUCCAGGCCCACUUAACAGCAGUGCGACACUUUAUGUUAAUGUGAAAGAUGUUAAAGACAUGCCACCUAUGUUUAUUGGUCUGCCAUAUUAUGCUGAUGUCCCAGAAAAUCAAUCAGUGAAUACAACAGUGAUGGAAGUAUUUGCGGUAGAUGGUGAUCUAGGUGUUCCACAACGUAUACGAUAUGAUAUUGUAUCUGGACAAAAUGUGGCAGAUUUGUUUUGGGUUGAAACUAUAACAGAUAGUGGUAAAGGUGUUAUAUAUACUUUAGUUCUGCUGGAUCGGAGAGCUAUAGAGACUGUGGAUGGAAUCAUAACAUUCAAUUUGACUGCAACAGAAAUUGACCAGUAUAAUCAACCUCUAAGCGAUAUUACAACAUUUACUGUAGUUACUAUUGUUUUGCUUGAAAAAGACGGGUCACCAUAUUUCGACCAGUCUUACUAUAAUGGGAGCAUUCAGGAAAACUCACAAAUGAACCGGAUAAUACAUAACAUCAUCAUGAUUGUUAAAUAUUCUGAUUCUACUGUAGAAAUGGCAUCUUUCAACCUCAAAAUUAUUAACAAUAAUGUGGCAAGUGAAGCAUUUUAUGUGAGUCCAGACAGAGCUUUGUUUUCAACUCAUGCUGUUAUCAAAGUGAGAAAUCCUGAAUAUUUAGAUUUUGAAAGUGUACAACUGUUUAAUUUGCAGGCAACUGAUAUGGAUAGUGGUGUAAACGCUGAGAUAGUAUACAGUAUUACAGACGUAGUACCGCCCACUGAUAGUUUCAUAGUGAAUAGAUCCACUGGUGUUAUUGGCUUGAAAGAUACGCUUGACUCUAAAACAUCAACUGAUGAGUAUACACUAACAGUCAUGGCAAGAGAUAGAGGUUAUCCUUCACUUUCCACUACAGCACUAUGUAUAAUAUCUGUGCUGGGAAUAAACGAAGCAACAGAAAGUGGUAAGAAAUGUUUAUUAUUUUCUGUUAUUGAUUACAUUAUAAAAUGA